GGGUUGCGGCUCCUGUUGGUCGACCACCGUCGGCGAAGAAAGCUUUCGCAACAAAAAAGAACGUAUUACGUGGCGUACACAAAACCCCUUCUUAUACGGCAGGGGCAGCGGCCUUAACCCACCCUCCAGUCCGGCCAUGGGGAAGGGAACCGGUAUUUCUCUGGCCCCGAGAUGGAGCCGGAAGCUCUGCCCGAUAGCGGAAGGGGUCACGCGAUGACCGCCGACCGCAAGAUGUGAAAGCUCCGCCGGCGCUGCGACAGGGCGUCGGCUGCGACUUUCUUUAGGGGGGACCUGUCCGUCUCCUCUCCGCAUCUUCGGCGGCCAUCGCGUUUAAAAAAAAAGAAAAAAAAUCCGUCCACCGUCCGAGCAAUGCAACUGGUCAGCGCGGAAGAGAGAAAGAUGCGAAGAGGAGAAGGAGGAGGAGGUUGUAGAAGGACCCGGCUAUUUAUAGCCGCGCCCAUCAGAGUUUUCGUUGCCGUCACAGCUAGCGCAACAGCAGGCAAGCGAACGACAGAAGAACAUGGCGUCCAGAAUGUCCCUAGCCGCUGCGGCUCUGUUGAUGGUGAUUCUCCUGGUGGUGGCGCUGUCGUCUGCUCAAGAGUACCCGCCUCCCGGACGGCCUGGAGGAAGCGGUCGCGACUGCCACUACCUCUGUUUCCUCGACAACUGCAACCGUCGCAAGUGCUACUACACCUGCAAUCGACCACGGUACUGCGAGGAACAGGCGUCUCUAUUACUCACGGCGGGGUCUGCAGCAGUGGACGGCGGCGUGGUGUCGGCGUUUCCUUCCCAGGCGGAUGACGUGGACGAUGCGGACGUGCCGGACGUUCCGUCGGCGCCUGCUGCGACGCCAAGCGCCUGAUGCCGCCCUCACCGAAGAAGCCAGCACUACGCGCGCGCAUCACAUCAGUACAACACGCCCGAUGACAUACUAUAGCUACAAUUAACCCCUCCCCCCCCCCCCCCCCCGUCUCGCUAUCGACUACACGCCCCCUCUUGCGGGCGCAAUUUCAUUAACUUCCCUAUGAACCGUGACGUAUGAGCACGCUGUUUUACGAUGGGCAUUUUCGCGGUGCUGGUCACGUGUUCGAGCCGUAGCCCCGGAGCGAAGCCGCGCAAGAAUGGGUUAUUUGGGUAGAGAGAGAGAGAGAGAGAGAGAGAGAGAGAGAGAGAGAGAUGCGCUGUGUUUUCUCGACACCUUUAAUUUGAAGUCAGGGCCAAUCUGCUGUUCGAUGCAGCGCUCUAUAUAGAUGCCCCUAGAUGACCGACGUGGCCACAUGUCCUUGCCAAGUGUUCCCUGUGUAAGACUCGGUUUUAUCGUCUCUUGAGUAGGUCGGAAGGUGUAAGCGAGAUAACAGAUAAGGGUGCGUUAAGCUCGCUGUUUGGUUAUGAACGUCCUACCCCGUUACAGAUUCAACAAGAGUAUACCUGCGGGCGUUUUAAGACCUUGACGGCUAUGCGUUCGCGUUGCUUCAGAAGGCACGGGAGUUGGGCAGGUAGCCAGUCCUUCGCCGAGUGCAGUACGUAUAGCGUACCGCGAUAGUGACUUCGAAAUGUUGGCACAACUUACACGGUAGUCCGAUAAGCUUUCUUCUUUUUGUUUUCUAACUGCGCAGUAUUCAAGAAUGACAUUCCGAUAUUAUAAUCGCCGUGCUCUUUGUGCCGCCAGCAACACCAGCUGCAACCAGCCUUCUUUCUUGCCAUGUCCUCCGUUAUCGGAAGAAACUCAUACUCAUAGCAUUAGAAACUCUAUACUCGUACUGCACCAACGAUCUUGGAGGCAAUGCUUCUGCACUAGAGGGCGAGAAAGUCGUGGUUCAGCGCUUAUCCCACCGUCCGAUGGCGAAGGACGGCGCUUUAUAUAACGGCGGUUUCUUGCACGCUGAAGGCGGCCAACAGUUAUUUCUCGCGGCUGUUACGUGUAACAGUUCACUCGUAUUGACGACCUGAACAUUUGCAAUCUCGUUUGUGCCAGCUACUCGAAACUUCGAACGCGUAGAUUAACCGCGUGUCCGCGGCUUCCGCCCAAGCUGCUGCAGCUCACGGCUAGUUUAGGAAUCGGCGCUGACGUCACGCCGUGCUGAACGAUCAGCGGUGGUGCGUGGUGACGUCAGCACAAGUGGCAGGUCUGCUCCGAGCAAUAUGCUCCGGACCGUUUCGCUCGCUCGUGUUCUAAAUUGUCUUCACAAAUUUGGGCAUUAGGUACAUUGCAGUCGCAAUAACGGUGCAAUAACGUUGCGAUAGUUUCAGUAACGUUUCUAGCUCAAAGUAAUAACACUGUAAUCAACACUCAUCAGUGCUUCUACAAGGAUUGCAGAACCACCACCCCUCCCCAAUAUUUUAUCUACGUCCUCCGAAGCACUCAUCAUCAUCACUAGCACUAGAGGGCAGCAGUGGUGUUUACAUCACAAAAGCCUGGGACGGAAGCACCUGCUGCCAACAAACUUUCCAUAGGCCGUACGAGCAAGACAGCGCCGUUGUUUCAUCACAUCUAUGGAUGGGAGGACACCAAAUCAUCUUCUAUGCAGUGAACAUCAUCCCGGACUACAUACACGACCGCGUUCGUGGAUGGAUCAUCCAGAGCGUUCUGUAAAUGUGGUCACAUCUUGCGCGGGACAUUUUUUUUUUUUUCGCCAAGAACGUGCGCAUUAAACGUCGGCCCUCCCUCAGACUUCUCGAAAGUGUUCAAAGGUCACCGUUCUUUGAGUCGUUAGCAAGUGAACGCAUGUCACUAGAAUGACGAGGGCGAAAGAAAGAACUGAAUAAAUACAAUGUAUUGAACAA